AUGGAUAACAAAUGUCAGGACCUAAUCAUCUACUACCAAAAUACAAGAGGACUACGAUCUAAAACAACGGAGUUCUUUAAUAAUGUUCGUGCAAGUGAUUAUGACAUAAUAUGCCUGACAGAGACGUGGCUCAAAGAUGGUGUAUGCAGCAGCGAAUUAUUUGGAGCGGAUUACACAGUAUUUAGAAGAGAUGUUCACAAAAAAGUGAUGGUGGUGAUGUGUUAA